GUACACUCUUUAUUUUUCUUCUUUCUCUCUCUCUCUCAUCUUUUCUUUCUCAAUUAUUAGUUUUCUUUCUUUGUCCAAAACCAAAACCACUUCAAUCAUAUAUAUAUAUAUAUACACCUAUACAUAUAUAUAAAUUCAUAAGUUGUAACAAAAAAAAUGCCUCAUAAUCAUAACAAGGGAUCUUCUUUAUCAGAAGAGAAUUAUAAACUUUGUUUAAAUAAUUAUAAUUAUAAUAAUAUUCCAGAUCUUUCCCUUCAAAUCCAUCUUCCAAACACCCAAAACGACACCGAAUCAUCUCAAAGAUCUCCUUUCGAUAUAUGGCGAAAAAAUCAAGCAGUUAGUCCCCAAACCGAAGAAUUAGAAGAUAAAAGAAGUCACGAGGUAGUAAGAACUACAGACACAGAACUCUCACUCUCAACAACAACAACCGAAAAUCACCGCCAUCACCACCACCACCAGCCGUUGAUUCGAAGAAUCGACAACUUUCCAACCCGAUCAGAAAGGAAACAAUCUUCAUCAUCAUCAUCACCAACUAGGUUUUCAUCUGAUGAUAAUCAUCAGAUGAAAACAAUUAAAGGAAUACCAAUUUACAAUAAUAACAACACACCGUCCGAUCAAUUGAGAUUAAGAUCGGACGGUGCUGUUUGUUUUGGUGGUGGUUAUAGCAAGUUGUAUUAUUCUCAUCAAGAAAUCCCGCCAUAUCCUAAUCUUCUUCCAAUUUCUCUUCCUUCUUCUAGGGUUUAUAAUCCUAGUAUGGAAAAUCGAGUUCAUCAUCAUAAUCAUAAUCAAUUUGGGAAUAAUAGUAAGAGGAAUAUGAGAGCUCCAAGAAUGAGAUGGACAACUUCUCUUCAUUCUCGUUUUGUUCACGCCGUUCAGCUUCUCGGCGGCCAUGAAAGGGCAACACCAAAAUCAGUACUGGAGCUAAUGGAUGUGAAAGAUCUAACACUAGCUCAUGUUAAGAGUCAUUUACAGAUGUAUCGAACUGUGAAGAACACUGACAAACCUAUGGCUUCCUCAGGAUGACUUGGCCCACACUUGUAACAAUCUACACACUUGAUCAUGCAAACUCAUAUAGGUAUAUAUAUACUUACUACUCAUGAUCUCUCUCAAAUUAUUAUUAAUUAUUAAAUCAGUUUUUUUUUUUUCAUUUAAAAGAAAAAAAUUGUGAAAGUGCAUAUAUAUAUAAGAUGUAUGAAUUUUUGUUUAAUUAGCUUAUUAUUAUAAUCAAAACUAUAUAUAUGUAUGUAGAUACAUAUACAUUAUAUAAUGUUAUAAUGUGCUUUCUUUU